UAACGCUUCAAAAUUAAAAAUGUUAUUUUUGUUUGCUCCUGUUUGUCGUAACAUUCUCUUAUUCUAAAAAUUAAUGUAAUUUACUAGUACACCGGUAAUAUAAAUAUUUAACUGAUUUGCAUAGGAUUUUAAAGUGUUAUAAUCAACUCUAUCUACUUAAACAUGGCAAAUCAACAACCCGGUGUAUCCCAACAGCAACGGAAAAUUUCGGCUGAUUCAUUAUUUUAUGAAUUUUCGCCGGAAGAAAAGAAAGUCAUGCAGGAAUGCAAUCGUGAUAGCUUUUAUGAAAGGAGUUUACCACUGUCUUUAACUUUUGGUGCUGGAACGUACAUGGUUAUAAAUGCCGGCUUUCUGAAACGAAGUUUAAAAUGGGGUCCAUGGCCUAAAGUAAUAGGUGCAGGCCUAUUGGGUUAUGUAAUUGGAAAAUAUUCAUAUCAAAACAAAUGUGCUGAAAGGCUAAUGCAGAUUCCUAAUAGUGAAAUUGGACGUGUUUUAAGAGAACGUAGAGGAAAAGCUAUGGGUGAAAACUCUCAAGGAAAUAUAUUAACCCCUACCAUUAUACCUGGGGUUCAAGAUACUGAUGUUUCAUCAUUUGAAACAGAUUAUAAAUCUGACAUAGAUAUUGACAUGCAUAAACCUAUGAACUCUUUAGAUACUGACUAUAGACCUAAUUAUGAUGGCUUAUCAAGUACUAAGAAUAAUGAAUAUCCAAUGUCAAGUUAUAAUUCACCUAUAACAUAUGAUAUACUAAGAGCCCGUAAUAGACAAGAUUUUGAAAAAACACAACCAAGUAAACCACUUUAUAGGUCACUACCUCCAAUAGACUCUCAACCAACAUGGGAUAGUCAAUACCCACCAUCUGAUCAAACAAGAAGCCCUAAAUCCAAAGAGUCACGUAAUCAGUUUGGAGAUGUAUUUUAAUAGUUAAGAAAAAAUAAUUAUGUCUUAAUUGUUGAAUGUAAUUAGUUUUUUUUUCUUAUAAUGAAUA